GAAAACUUGACCGACUGGCGGCGGCCAAUAUUGAUCCAGUUGCCUGUGACAAGACGUCACAGGAAAAGUUGUUUGUUGACUUUGGGCCUCAAUUAGGCAUAAUGAGCAUACAGUUAGGGUAUAUGUAUAAAGUGUAUAUAUAUAUAUGGGUGUAAUCGGGCGUGUGAGAUAUGAAAGGCUGGCCAGGUGCUCAGCUGUUGCGGAUGUGAGAGCUCCUCCUGACCCAAGCACCUAAUGUCAAUGCUGCGGCGGCAUUUGUACUGGCUGCGCGUCCGCAGUUAAGCAACUUUUUUCGGGCACAACGCACCGCACGAUGAACAUCAGCGGGCUGCUCCAGUUCGAGUCGAUGGACUAUCGGGGCGCACAGACCCAGUCGGCGUCCAUAAAUCAGUUUGUGGCCAGCGCAUUGCGCGUCUUCAUCGAGGACUUCUAUCAGCGUGUGGCGCCAUCGUUUAUGCUAAUCAUCUCGUGCCGCCGUCCCAGUCCCAUGAACUUCUAUCGCAACAUAAUGCAGCUGCUGUACGAGAGCGUCGACAACAUGAUCCUCCAGCUGAUCCAAUACAAUCACACACAGCCGCAACGCAUUGCGGGUCCACGUUUACACAAUCUGCUGCUGGUCGAUUCGCUCCAGGCAUUGCUGGACAUUGAGAUCCACACGUAUACUGGCCGGCACGAUGGCAGCGAGUAUUACUUCAUCUUUCUGCAGCAGCGGGAUGCACUGCUGCCGCUGGAGCUGCAGGGCGUGUUCGAGUAUUGCUGGCGGCAUCAGCUGCUCAAUUGCAAUGUGAUGACCCAAAGUGGCGGCGGGGACGUGCUGAUGCACACCUAUUUUCCGUAUGCGGCGACACACUGCGACACGGUGCUGGGCCAGCAGAUCAAUCGCUUUAUGGGCGUGGCCUGGCAGCAGCCGGUAUACUUUCCGGCCAAGCUGCACAAUCUGCAUGGCUGCCCGCUGCAGGUGCUGUUGCGUGAGGUGACGCCGUUUCUCAGCGUUAGCCGUAGUGAGCCUGGGCUGGAGGAUCGGCUGCUGCAGGAGCUGGCCAGGCGCAUGAAUUUCGCGAUCCAACUGGUGGAUAACCCUGGACCCUGGACGGAGCCGCAAAUGCUGCAGCUGCUGCAGCAGAGACGCGCCCAUCUGGCCAUUGGAUAUAUACGGAAACGUGUGGUGCAUGCCGCCAAUCUGACAGCCGUCUUUCCGCACUAUUCCAGCCGGCUGAUCAGCUGCCUGUCGAUGAAUGCGCACAAUUUGACCAGCUUUGAGCUGUUGGGCUUUCCCUUCCAGACGCUCGCCUGGCUGGGCGUGCUGACCAGCUUCCUGGGCGUUAGCUGUCUAAUGCUGUGCACGCGACGACGUGUGGCCAGGGCAACGGUGCUGCUCGCCGUGGUGGCGAUUGCCUGGGGCCAGCCCAUUGUCUCGUCCGGCUUGCGACCCGCCCAGCAGCUGGUCUACAUCAAUUGGCUGGGCUUCACGCUGCUCGUGCGCGCCAUGUACUCGGCUUUGUUCUAUCAUAUGCUGCGCCAGCAAGUUCAUCAACGUUUGCCCCGCAAUCUGUUCGAGCUGAUGGAGGGCAGCUAUACGGCUGUGAUGAAUCGCAUAACCGCCCAGGAUGUGGGCGAGGUGAGCAGCCUUCAGGUGCUGUUGGGCAAUAUGCGUGCAAUUGUCCUUGCCAGCGAUGCGGAGCACGAUGUCCUGGAGCAGAUGGAGUCGCGAACAACGCAGCCGCGCAUCUUUGGCAUACUCUCGCGCCAGAGCCUGCUGCAUGCGGCACAGCGUGGCCACAAGCCGGGCGCCUACUAUAUGCUGCCGCAGCACGUGCUCGAGCAGCAGCUGGCCAUCUAUCUGCAGAAGCAUUCGCAUCUGGUGCAGCGGCUCGAUGAGCUGAUCAUGUCCAUUCAGGCGGUCGGCCUUAUCAACUACUGGGCCGGACAGCUGGGCAGCGAGCGCUAUUUUCGCAGCACAUUCAUGUAUCGGGACAAUCGGCUGCGUCAGCCCGAUCUUUGGGCUCUCUAUAUCAUUGUCGGCGUGCUCUACGCCCUCGCCACGCUCGUCUUCAUCUGGGAGCUGCUCUCGGCGCGCUGGCGUCCCGUCAAGUAGUC